CUACUAUUAAGAAAACACCAGGAUAAACACCGGGUUAAUGUGCUAGCCGUAGCCUGUUAGCGGCGGCUGUCAGGCGGCGGGGACACGGACCAGUCUCUCCGCUGAUGUUGGUCCGGGUUCAGCUGCAGCUAGCUUGGUGGGUUAGCAGGAUAGCUAUCGUUGACUGCUCUUUGUGGAGUCAACACAACACAGACAGACAACGGUAGCUGCCUUCCCGCGGCCGCCUGGCAGUCCUCCAUGGGAUCCACGAGGUGGGUUGAAAAGAUGCGGUGACAUUACUGGGGUGAGCGGCUCUUAAGCUGGUUGGAAGCUGAUGGAGAGGAGACUGUGUUCCUCCUCCUCUCUCACUCACACAGCUGGGAUCUUGGACGAGGAGCCGUUGAAAAUGAGAUGCUGAACUGGACAGAAACUUGAUUCUCAUCAACUGGAAGCACUGGGAUAAGUUUAAUGGUUUGUGUGCGUUGCCCAUUUGUGAGAUAACCAGCUUUGUUUUUUGAUGGUUGUUUCUAAACAGCUGACAUUAGUCUGGAUUUUUACCAUACAGGAUUGUAAAUAUUUAUCACAAUACUCCAAUCUGUUGCCUUGAAGCAUCUGAUGCACGGAAGCAUCAUCAGCGAAGCAAACGCAUCAAAAUGACUUGAAUGAGUGCCUUUUGUUGUGUACACAUCCCAUCUGGGUGCAUAUGUCCCCAAUUCAGCAACCUCAUUUAUGCUUUUGCAGAAGUUUUCACUGAUCACCUUUAAUCCAAACUGUUAACUAAAGAGACAGCUAAGUGAAGGUGCAAGUACUAUGCACCUUUGUUGCUGUCUCGCAUCCGACACCGAACCAGUAACCUUAGUGGAGGAGAGGCGCUCAUAAACGGUACCGACCUCCACCAAGAGAACCCCAAAAUCCCUCUGGUACUAUUUUCAUACACGGGGGUGUACAGAGCUGCAGGGAUGUUUGCUUCCGUGGAGCAUGGCCCGGUCCUCUGCAGCGACUCCAACAUCCUUUGCCUGUCCUGGAAGGGCCGAGUUCCCAAGAGUGAGAAAGAAAAGCCAGUGUGCAGGAAGCGUUACUACGAGGAAGGCUGGCUUGCCACCGGGAAUGGCCGAGGAGUCGUCGGGGUCACGUUCACAUCCAGCCACUGUAGAAGGGACCGUCCCACUCCACAGAGAGUGAACUUCAACCUCAGAGGACACAACAGUGAGGUGGUGUUGGUGCGGUGGAAUGAGCCCUUUCAGAAACUGGCCACCUGUGACACAGAUGGAGGGAUCUUUGUUUGGAUCCAGUAUGAGGGACGCUGGUCUGUGGAGCUGGUCAAUGACCGAGGAGCUCAGGUGAGUGACUUCACCUGGUCCCACGAUGGCACCCAGGCUCUCAUCUCCUACCGGGACGGCUUUGUCCUGGUGGGAUCAGUCAGUGGGCAGAGACACUGGUCCUCAGAGAUCAACCUGGAAAGCCAGAUAACAUGUGGGAUCUGGACACCAGAUGACCAACAGGUGCUGUUUGGUACGGCAGACGGACAGGUGAUAGUGAUGGACUGCCACGGACGCAUGCUGGCCCACAUACUGCUACAUGAGUCGGAUGGCAUCGUCAGCAUGUCCUGGAACUACCCCAGUUUUCUGGUCGAGGACAGCAGCGAGAGCGACACAGACUCUGACGACUACUCCCCACCACAAGUGCACAGCCAGAAGCCACUGUUGACAGUCAGCUUCACCUCUGGUGACAUCAGCCUGAUGAGCAACUACGAUGACCUCUCUCCCACCCUCAUCCACACCAAUCUCAAAGAUGUGGUGGUUCAGUGGUGCUCACAGGGAGACCUUCUUGCAGUGGCAGGGAUGGAGAGGACUGUCCCCUCCCCUGACCCUUCGUGUCCUCCCCCCACCAGGAAUGCCAUUGUCAAGUUCUUUAAUGUUCAGGGUGAACAUAUCUACACACUGGACACACCAGCACAGCGCCCGAUCACGACGCUGUGCUGGGGUCACCGGGACUCCCGUCUGUUCUUGGCAUGUGGCCCAGCACUUUACGUCGUGCGAGUGGACCACCGUGUUGCCAGCCUGCAGCUCCUUUGCCAGCAGGGCAUCGCUACAGCGGUGAAGGAGGAAAAAGACGUUGCCAAGCUCACCAUGCCUUCCCGCCUCUGUUCUUACGUCACCGCUGCUUUCAUCCCCACCAUCAAGCCCCCAAUCCCAGAUCCCAACAACAUGCGCGAUUUUGUGAGCUAUCCAACAGCUGGGAACGAGCGUCUGCACUGUACCAUGAAACGUACGGAGGAUAACCCUGAGGUGGGGGGGCCCUGCUACACUCUGUACCUGGAGUACCUAGGAGGUCUGGUGCCUAUCCUCAAGGGCAGAAGAAUUAGUAAACUGCGUCCUGAGUUUGUCAUAAUGGAUCCCAAGUCUGAUGGGAAAACAGACGAGAUCUACGGCAACAGCCUGAUAUCUGCCAUGAUCGACAGCUGCAACUGCUCAGACUCCAGUGACAUCGAGUUGAGUGAUGACUGGGUUGGCAAGAAAUCUCCAAAGAUAUCCAGGGGCAGCAAAUCCCCCAAAUUGCCCAGAGACUUAGUUUGUCCCUUUACCAACAGGAUCAACAUUGAUCCCAGAAAAUCGCCCAAACUAUCCCGUGCUACACAGGAGAUCUCCAGGUCACCGCGGUUACCCAUACGGAAACCCUCAAUUGGUUCACCCAGUCUAACACGGAGGGAAUUCCCUCUAGAUGACAUCACUCAGCAAAAUUACCUCGCUCAGGUCACAUCCAAUAUUUGGGGAACGAAGUUCAAGAUCGUAGGGCUGGCUGCAUUUUUGCCAACCAAUCUGGGUGCAGUCAUUUAUAAGACCAGCCUUCUCCAUCUGCAGCCUAGACAAAUGACCAUAUACCUACCAGAGGUGCGCAAGAUCUCCAUGGACUACAUAAAUCUACCUGUCUUCAGCCCCAAUGUUUUCAGUGAGGAUGAGGAUGACCUGCCUGUCACGGGCCCUGCUGGUGGUGCUGAUGACAACCCUCCCUGCACUGUUAACAUCCCAAUUGCUCCCAUUCACAGUCCUGCUCAAGCCAUGUCCCCCGCUCAAAGCAUUGGUCUUGUCCAGUCAUUGUUAGCCAAUCAAAACGUUCAUCUCGAUGUCCUAACAAAUCCCUCUGCAACCCCUGCUGGUGCAGCUGCUGGUGGGUCGGACCAAAGUCAGGACACCAUCCUGACAGCCCAGUACUCGGUUCCCACAAGAUACUCUAGUCCUGGUCAGGUCAUCUUUGGGGGCUUGGAAAUGAGUCGCCUAAUGGUGGGACCUCCACCCUCUCAUCAUCUGUCACAACAACAGCCAACUCAUCAUCAACAGCAGCAGCAGCAGCAACAGCAACAACAACUUCAGCAUCAUCAUCAACAGCAGCAGCAGCAGCAUCAUCAACAGCAGCUUCAGCAGCAGCAGCAACUUCAACAGCAGCAGCAACUGCAACAGCAGCAGCAACAACAACAACUUCAGCAUCAUCAACAGCAGCUUCAGCAGCAGCAGCAACAGCACCUACAACAACAACAGCUUCAGCAGCAACAGCAACUACAACAGCAGCAACAGCAACUACAGCAGCAACAGCAACUACAACAACAGCAGCAACAUCAACUACAACAGCAGCAGCAGCAGAUGCUCCAGCACCAACACUUACAACAGCACAUUCAGCAGCUUCAACACAUGCAGCACCAUCAACAUCAACAGCAGCUUCAGCAGCACAUACAGCAACAGCAGCAACAACAGCAACAACAACAAAUUCAACAGCAACUGCAGCAACAACUACAAAUGCACCAUCACCAACAAUCGCAGCAGCAGCAACAUCAGAUGCAGCAGCAGCAGAUUCAACAUCAACUUCAGCAACAGCUUCAUAUUCAAAUCCCUGUUCCCUCUAUGUCACCAGGACAGCCUUCUGGUGCAACUGUACACCAGCUCCAGACGGGGGCACUGCAGAUCCAGAUCCCCCCUCCACCUGCUGAUUUAGUGGUUGAGAGAGCAGUGGGUGGUGAACAUGAGCACCUACUGAAAGUCAAAACCAUUCGGCCAACUCCACAGUUGGCCGAGGGUGAUACGGUGGUGUUCAGUGCACCUUUGGAACUCAGCAAGAUGAACCCUCCACCCCCUUAUCCUGGGACUGUAGCUGCUGCUGUGGCUGCCGCAGCAGCCGCAGCAGCCGCAGCAGCUGCUGCUGCCUCAGCAUCUGCUUCCUCUGCAGCUGCCAAUGCUACAUCUGGAACAGGAGGAGGCUCCAAUGGGACUCCUCCUCCUGGUGACCUUUGUCUGAAGAAGGGAGAGUUUCCACUGUAUCCUUCAGGUCAACAACAAGCACAGUACCCCACACCACUAGGCUAUGAAAGGAUAACGACAUUUGACAGCAGUGGGAAUGUGGAGGAAGUUUGUCGUCCUCGAACACGCCUUGUCUGCAAUCAGAAUGUGUACUCACUCCAGGGACCUGGCAGCUCUGCCACUCUCAGGGUCACCUCUUCAUCCUCCUCUUCAUCUGAUAAGAAGAUCCAGCUGCCCUACACCUCUGCCACUCUCAACAGACUUAAUGCACCACGCUACUCCAUACCCAGUGGAGAUCCUCCUCCAUACCCCGACACAGCCAACCAGAACAGUGCUGCUGGCAGGAGCCCUGGACAGAGGCUUGACAGCAGUCUGAUCCAUGCCACUCUCAGGAGGAACAGCCGAGAGGCUGCUCUCAAGGUUUCCCAGAUGCUGGAACCACCUAGACCACUGCCUCCUAAGGCCAAAAAUAGUGCACUGGCAGCCUCUUUCCAGCAGAGAGUUCCAACAGCCUUAUACACAUGCAGUCAGUGUAGCAGUGGAUCCAGUAUUGGUGGUACUGCUCCAGGGAGUGCUAAUGGAAUUGCUGGAGGAACUAUCAUCAGACAAGAUUUCCCUCCCAGGAGUGGGGCACCACACAGCACAGUUAUAGUUCACUCCAACAGCACUACUCCUCUGGCCUCCCAGUCCUCUUACAACCUGCUGAGCUCUCUCGAAGGACCUGGGACUGCAGUAGGAGGAGGCAGUAACAGAGAUAGGACAGAUUACAUAAAUUCUGCCUUUACUGAGGAUGAAACACUGAAUCAGACACUGAGGCAUUUGGCUUUAGGAGGAAAUGAUGCAUCAGGGUUGGUUGUAAAACGCCCACCUCCCUAUCAGUGGGACCCAGCUGCCACAGAGGAAGUGUGGAUUCCUCAGGAACGGACAGCAACGCUGAAUCCCUCUGGCCCCGCUGGACCCCAUAAACCACCCCCACUUAUCCUUAGCCCUACCCAGCACUUGGAUGUGGCCAGACUGCCUUUUGUCCUUUCUCCAAAGUCCCCCACCAGCCCCAGUGCUGCAUCAUUUCAAGCUGCAGCAGCAGCUGCAGGCUACCAAAUCUCUCUCCAGUACCCUCCAGUCACUGCCUAUUCAGGAGCUCAGCUCCAACCCAUCCCAGGUUCACCACGUCCCUGCUCCUCCCCGAAGGAGAUGGUGGCACCUGUGUCCUUCUCACAGCAGGAUGCAACCCUUGUCUUACCGCCAGGUUAUCCUGCUAAUCUUGCAAACCUGGCCUGCUGCCCCCUCCCGCCUAUGUAUCCUGGAGGAAGUGCUUGUUCCGGGCUUCCCAUUCCUCCGAUUGCUCUUCAAACUCCUUGGGGUACCUAUAACUCUUGCCCCCCUAUGCCCAGUCCUGCAGUGCCACUUCCACCAAAAGCUUCCCACAUGACCGUAGACAAAAUUGCUCUCUCUCCUCCUCCCCCACCACCUCCUCCUCCACCACCACCCCCUCCACCACCACCACAACCACCAGCAGAGCUGCAGAGCCAUGGAGGGUUACAAGAGGCCAUGGCAGAGGCUGGGGAAGCUUUUCAGGAAGUGCUCUCCUUGACUGAAAGUCCUGUGCCACAGCGGUCUGAGAAGUACAGCAAGAAGAACCGCAAACGGGGGGAUGGUCGAGCUGACGAGGCAAACGUACCACCGCUGGCUGAGGGGGGCAAGCCGAAGAAGGAGGGCAGAGCACUGGGUGAUUUUAACUCACUCAUCUCCAGUCCACGGCUGGGAGGAAGGGACAAGAAGAAGCUGAAGGGACAGAAAGAGCAGCAGCUGAAAACUAAGAAGUUGAGUAAGGCCACUGCCAACAGUGAGUUCCAAGACAGUUCAGAAAGUGAGCCAGAGCUGUUCAUCAGCGGGGAUGAGCUGCUCAAUCAGUGCCAGAGCAGUAAGAAGGGCUGGAAGAGUAAGAGGAACCUCAGAGCUGCCUGUGAACUGGAUGAGAUCAAAUGUCGAAAAGCCAAUGAGAAGGAGGAUAAAGGGCUGGGCAGCCAGGGGUUUGUGUAUGUCAUGGCCAACAAGCAGCCACUGUGGAAUGAAGCCACGCAGGUCUACCAGCUGGACUUUGGUGGACGCGUCACACAGGAGUCUGCCAAAAACUUUCAGAUUGAACUGGAAGGUCGACAGGUGAUGCAGUUUGGCAGGAUCGAUGGCAACGCUUACAUCCUGGACUUCCAAUAUCCCUUCUCUGCUGUUCAGGCCUUUGCUGUGGCUUUAGCCAAUGUCACCCAACGCCUCAAAUGAGAUGUCCCACCCCUACAUACCCUUUUUGAAUGCAAUCUGUUGAAGGGGCACAGUUGUUGUUUCAUUUGAGAUUAAUCUCUGAUCUUUGAUUCUGGAGAGAGGCGAGAAAUCUGCCCUGGUCAAAGAGAGAGAUACAAUCAUGCUGCACUACACAAUGCUGCCACUAGAGUUGGUGCAAUAAGCAGUGGCUGCAUUUGCCAAGGAUGCCCUCGGAUUUUCUCUGUUUGGAAAUCCCAGGCACCUUGCAAUGCAUGUAGAGCCAAAGAGUCGAACUUUGGUUAUCAUGCAAAUAAAGCUGCUUUAGCUAGAAGAAGCUUAGAGACGAGAGAACAGAUCGGGCGAUUGAGAGAGGGAAAUUGUUACGUGCAGUUUUUAAAAGGGGCAGCAGUAAUACUUGAAAACCACUCUGGAGAUCAAAGAUGUUUUUUUUGUGUUUUUUCCCCCAGAGCACACAGGUACUACUGGGCACUGAAAUCCAUUGCUGUACAAACCUUCAGUGAAACAGUUACCACUUUUAUUAUAUUGCUUUUGCUUUGAGGAUGUUCAUAUUGACUAAACAUGGUGGAGGGCAGGAGGGACUUCCUGUUUUUGCUCUCGGCCAUUCCUUUUGCUCAGUCUAUCUUGGCUGGUAUUGAGGCUUAGAUAUAUGCAUCAUGUAGGAGCACUACUAAGAGUUCACACUUCUCACUGUUGUGAAGAGUGUGUCACUGUCGAGGAGUAAAUGUGUCCGUGGAGAACUGCAGUUUUUUGUUGUUUUUUUUUUGUUUCCUGGGACUUUGAAGGAAGAAGAAAUGUUUCUCUGUUACAUGGAUUAAUUUAUAUGUAUAUUUUGUUGUUUAUCUAUUCAGAUAUGAUUUUGAACAUUCUUUGUUUGUGAUACACAAUCCUCAUAUCCUUUCAACAUGGACUUCAACUUACUUGCUUUAUUUGGGAGACUGAAUAUGAAUAUUGCUCUGGAGUUUUGAGGUGGGAGCGUUGUACAGAAUAGCUUUGACUGACAUGCUGUGCUUAGUAAAAGAGAGUAUCUGUGCGGUGACAUGGUCGCAAAAUGAGUCGCCGGAUUGGAUAACUCAACGAACUCAAUGAAGUAGUGUGUCACCGGGUGUCACUUCUGUGAAGUGAGUAUGGAGUUGGGAAGGACUGUCCCUGCUCUAAAAGACCACACUGAACAUGUAAGCAUUAAGCAAGGUACAGGAAAUAUUUUUGUAUAUUUCACCUAUGCCAUUUCAUACUCUUUACAGAAGUUAUGUAAAUACAUAUCAGCCAUGUGUAAAUGUUGUAGAGGCUGCGGUGGCUCUGACAGAUGUCUGUUUACAGCCAUCUCUGCUGUGUUCUAAGUGUAUGUUCAGGUGUGUGGUCGGAGGGGCGAAGCUGUUAGUACUGUUUUUAACUCGACAGCUACAACCACAGACGGCGUUAAGCUGAAACCAUUGUCACUGAAUCUUUGAAGUCAAAACUCCAAUGAAGGAUGAAGCUAUUGAAAUCUGUUCAUAUAGAAAGCUGACACUGAAAUCUGAAAAGCUGGUUAAUUGUUAUGUUUUCUUUCUUUAAGGCGGUCAUGCUCAUUUUUGUUUCUAUUAGCCAGUUGACAGGUGUGUGGGCAAAUUUGCAUAUAACUGCAAUGGGCUUUAUUUGUUCAAGAUGGAAGUCAAAGUCAGAAAAUGGAGUGGUAAGAUUUAGGCUUAAUAACUUUAGGUCUAUGUGAUAAGACCAACCUCAUAUUUGUGCCAAAAUAUUCAUUUUCUAAAAUUCAGAGUUGGAUAAAAUGGGGGCACUUUGACUCAAUGUGUCCUAUAAAAGAAACUUAAUUUGGACCAGCUCUGCUUUGCUCUCUGAAUUUAUGAGAUAUUAGAUAUUUUAGUGUGAUCUGUCCAUAUCAAAACAAGAUGCAUGUUUGUCAGACGAGGGUUGUAAAAAUAGAUAAGAAUUUCUACUGAUCCUUAAAAAACAACGACAUGAGCAUGGCAUAAAGGCAAAUCCACCCUUUUGUGUUAGUUGUGCAAUAUUUUCUUUGAGGGGGGAAAAAAAAAUCUUUGUCAUCUUUUUUGACCUUAAUUUGAUAGCUUUUUUUCUCUUCUCAGCAUCUCAGUUGCUGGUCUCUCUUUAUAUUUUAUUUAUGAGAUUAUUUCCUAAAGGAGAUAUAGUAUCUAUUCAAACUGUAUAUUGUGGAGUUUUCUUUGUGUUGCUAAGUUUGUUUCAAAUGAAGCCCAGUUUGUGAGAUUGGAUCGGGGGUGGGGGGGUCGGGGAGUUGGGAUGGGUCAGAUUAUUCUGUGUUUUGUGACGUUUGCAUUUGGAUGAAAAAAAAAAAGAUGUGAAUGAGAAAGUGCUCAGUUUAGUGUAGCUGGUAGACUAGUCGUGUAGAGUGUAACUGUCAAGUCAAGGUGUGUCUGUAUUCAACUGUGCAGUCUACGAUCCCUUCAGUGUUGAACCUCUCUUCAAAUGUGUGUAUGUUGUCAUGGCUUCUUAUACAUACACACAUCGUUCACAUAGGUUCACAAGUGUAAACCACUGAGUUCAUGUUCAGAAUGGACUCGGAUUAAGGAUUCACUUUCACACAAGUGAUUUUAUGACAUGACCUGUUGUAGAUAUUGUAGGAUUUGGCUCCUCUUUAGAAAAGAUACGUGCUUUGUACUUGUAGAUGUAAAUGAAAAAAACACUUAAAAAAACAAACAAACAAAAAACCUGAGUCUGGUUUGGUGACUGAAUGUUUAUAGUGAAUGGAUAGUAAGGCAUGCCAUGUAAAUUAUUUUAUAAUUGUAUAUGUCAAGCAUCUUUUGAAUAAAACUUCAUUGUUUCAGAAAAAAA